AUGUCCGAGGAAGAAAGUCCCUUGAAAUAUCUGUUGGCGGGUGGAUUCGGGGGAAUAUGCACGGUGAUAACCGGACACCCUUUGGACACGGUGAAAGUCCGACUCCAAACAAUGCCAGGCGAAUAUUUGGGAACUUUGGAUGCGGUGAAAAAAAUUGUAAUCAGAGAAGGUCCCAUGGGAUUGUAUAAAGUGAAAGGCGCAGCUAAUUCUCUCGACCCCGGAGUCACUGCGCCAUUAGUGGCGAUCACCCCGAUAUUUGCAGUUAGCUUUUUCGGUUUUGGACUGGGCAAGAGGCUCGUGGCCAGACCUGGGCAACAGAAAUUAACGGAUUCACAGCAAUUUUUAGCUGGAGCUUUUAGCGGCAUGUGCACAUCUUUCGUGAUGGCACCGGGAGAGCGGAUAAAAUGCCUACUUCAGAUGCAGACUGGAAAUGAAAAAAAAUAUUCAGGUUUCUUAGACUGCGGAGUUAAGCUUUGGAAAGAGGGAGGUAUUCGGAAUAUUUACGUUGGCACUUGUGCGACGCUUUUACGUGACGUUCCUGCCGCAGGAAUGUAUUUUUACACCUAUGAGGUCCUUACGCGGACACUUCAGAGCAUGUACGGGUCCGAAGUGGGUUGAGCCUUUGUUCAAAGUUUCGACUCA